UUAGCUUGACUGUACACUUUUGGCCAUUCCUGUCAAAAUGGCUCGUCUACUACCGGUUAAAACUGUCGUUGUUUGUACUGUUUUAUUCGUGGUAUACACGAAUUUUGUAUGUUGUAAUAACGGCAGAAGGGUUGGUGAUUCCUUGGACACUGAGUUCAGUGGUUUCUCUGUGCCUCUUGAACACUCAUUCGAAGUCGAUGAUGUAGCAAAGUUUCGAGGACGAGGAGCACUGGUGUUGAAACCUGGAAGAGAGCCCAGUGUUUCACUAAGUCAGAACCAGCUAUCGGAGGAAGACAGAAGUAAACUGAAGGAAGUGGCUGCAGUGGACGGUCUGUACAGAAUCAGGGUGCCUCGUGUUUUCCUGCAGGCAGACAGACAGACAGAGCGGCAGAUGGAAGGUUACCUCACAGCGUUUGUCAGAGCCUGUGCCAUGGUUGAAUCCCAUCUGAGUGACGCAAUCAGCCUUCAUACUGAUGUCUCUGGGUAUCUCAUCGGUGUCUCUAUAGUAACAAUACCAGGGGCCUGUAGGGGCACUGAGGUUGAGGAUGAAGUUGAUCUUGAGGUUUUCAACACCACGCUCCGUGUCAUGGCACCUGUUAAUGCACCUGGACCAGAGACGGCUCUGUUCCUUGAACGACUGGAACAGGAAUCUGAGAAGAAAGCAAAGAAUCCGCAAGAGCAGAAAUCCUUCUUCGCUAAAUAUUGGAUGUACAUCGUUCCUCUCGUCCUCUUCUUGAUGAUGUCUGGUGCUCAGGACCAAUCAGGAGGAGGAGCCGGGGGUGGAGCAGGCAACGGCGGUGGCCGAUGAUCAGAACGAAGACAACAGUUUUUGUUUUUGUGAAGAUUUACUGAACAAUAAUUCUCUAGAACAGUUUUUAAUUGCUGUACAUAAUGCUAUUUAAGAAAAUGUCUGUCACACACCUGAAACCUGUACAGUAUAGAGGAGAUAUUGUGCCCUGCAGAUGACUGCAUUUUAAUACUAAUGUGAAAAUAAAGUAUUUAUUACUUGAAUACUGGAGAUUUUUAGACUCUUGGUUCUCAGCUACAUGUUGUGUUUUACUCUGAGGCUCAGAUUUAGUUGUAACACCAGUAAAGUAAUAUGAAAUCAUAAAUAAAAUACACGUGCAGGCAGUAGAUCUGUAUUUACAUAUAAUCAGAACAAAGGUCAAUCAAUGUAUGCCAGAUAUUGAGCUGCUUACAUUUUCUAAAAUACUGAUUAAUCACUGUUUUAGAGUAUUCACUCUGAUCUGAUGCUUAUAACAAUCUGUCUAAAAAGAAAGAAAGUUAGUGACUCUCGGAAGUAUUCAGUAUUGAAUUUUUAAUAAACUUCCAAAAAUUUC